AUGCACGUCGUUAAUAAAUCGAGCCCGCUAUACGUCGGCGCGUACGGUAUGGUCGAUGUGUGCGUGGGCGCUUCCUCCGUGUGCGUGUCUGUGCGGGAGGGUGCGUGGAGGGCGGAGGGCGGUGAGGGGAGCACUUCCCGCGAAGCACCUGGCGCGGAGGCUACGUCCCCUGACGAGAUCCCAUUGAUUUGUGGAGAACGCCCGCGGAUCUUCCCUUUGUUCAUUGUGUUAGAAUCCUCCUUUAGCCACCCAAAGACGCGCAGUGACCGAAGCUCGGACAACCGCGACGCCGCUAGGAAUACUUAUACGCGCCUUGUUUAUUCUAAACGUGUAAUUUUAGGAAAACAGCGAGACAAUGUUGUGUUGAAACUAUCGGGGUAUUCAGGCGUCGGUGACAAUGUCGGCCGCAUCCUCUGUUUGUCUUGGCGAAAGUCGAUUGUUGCGUCGCACUCCAUUUGUUUAAGCAAAAACUUU